AUGCGAACAUGGUUCCAGAAGUUCAAAUCUGGUGAUUUUAACCUCGAAGAUAAGGAACGCCGCGGACGUCCCAGUGAACUUGACGACGACGAAUUGAAGGCAGUAGUGGAAACAAACACGCGAACUCUUAUCCUUCUAAUAUGCAUCACCAGUUCCACAGUAGAGGACUCAGAUACCAUUAUUCGACUUUGCAGGAAUUCCAUGACGUUUUCAAGUAGCGAGCUCAACUACCUUAUCUUGAAAUAUCUACAAGAAUCAGGGUUGGAGCAUUCGGCCUUUGUGUUUGGCAACGAAUCAGAGUUGAACCGAUCAGAUUUGAUGGGUGUUGAAGUGCCUUCUGGUGCACUAGUUAGCAUCGUUCAGAGAGGACUUUACUACAUUGAAGCUGAAGUUAGCGUUUUCAAUGGCCAAAUGGAUACUGCUUACAAAAAUAAAACUGGAACAUUGCCGCUAAUCGAUGGAGGGUUUAACACUCAAGACCUGGAUAUCAUCAAGAAGUAA